CUAUAUAUAAUUCGUAAAGACAAAAAAAUUGAGGAACUAAAAUAUAAUCUUGUUAGCCGGAAGGACAAGCAAAUCAUGAGCAGCGGUGCCAACAAUUCCUGGCCGUUGCUCUGGACUCGGCAGCCUCAACUGGACUAUGGUGCCUAUGCUGCUGACCAUAUUGAGCCAAGCCGGGUGCGCCCUAUUCCCACGUUUCCAAGGUCCCCGACCUUCCAAGUUACUCCUGAUGUCAGAGCCGGCGCGCGGCCUCCCUCGCAAUCAUUUGAGGAUAGAAGGAUUACAGGACCGUCUGGAAUGUCUAGCUUUCCCGCACCAACUCUCUCUUCAAUGCAAAUUGUAGUCCUAGACAACAACAUGACAAGGGAAGCAAACCCCAGGCGGAGCCAAAUCAUCCAGGAUCGCCUUUCAAGAUAUACAGGACAACAAAAUCGGCCAGUAUUUCCAACACUGGCAGACGACUCCAGGUUGACCCAAGAUGAGCAAAACAAGGCAUUGAAAAUGCUCAAGAAAGAAACUUACAAUCCUACUGCGAAGGCAAUAUCAAAGAGAUUGAACUUUUAUUACAAAAAUAAUGACAAAGGUAGUCCUUCGAAGGAGUUGGAAAAGUUGAAAGAUGAAGAUGCUAAGAGCUGUACUAUUUGCCUGGAUGAUUUUGAGCCAAGAGAAGAGGUGGCGAUAACCCCAUGCAACCACAUGUUCCAUGAGGACUGCAUCUUGCCGUGGUUGAAGAGCCAUGGCCAGUGCCCCGUUUGUCGCUAUGCCUUCUGCGAGAGAAUGGAAAGUACCACUGCACGCAACUUGAACAAUACUAACAUUGCAAAUGUGGGUGCAGCCAAUGAUCUUUUUGCAGGAGAGUUGCUAUCGAUAAUAAGGGCACUAGAAGAUGUCUUUGAAUGGGGCAAUCCUACUGCCCGCUAAUUAAUAUGCCAACUUGGCCUUUGUUAAGAACCAUUAAUGUUUAAUGGUUAUGUACGUUUUUCUAGUGUACGUUAUUUAUCACUGCCACCUGAUCAUUCGAUUUCCUUUUUGCCUAUUUAUAUGCUCAUGACAUAUAAUGCGGAGGUUAAUAGUAGUACUCCUAAAGUUGAAUAUAUAUAUAUGUUUUUAUUUUUCA